UAAAAGCAUUGUCCCGCCAUUUUGCGAAGCAUUCAAGUGACGACACUGUGGUGCGUGUGUGUGCCUAGCUCCGUCGUGUUGGUUUGAGUGUGCUUCGUUUUUUCCUUAUUUAUUCCGCAUCUUCAGCCAGAAAAUGCCAGCCACACGUUCCAGGCCCAGCACCGAGCAAGCUGAGGUGGUUUCUGAAGAGGUGAAGAAGGACGUCGAGUCGUCCCCAGUGAAGGAGAAAGUGGUGGAGACGAAAACGGAGGAGACCAAGCCUGCUGCCGAAGAGAAGGAAAAGGCCGACAGUGCAGAGGAAACUAAGGAAGAGCCAGAGAAGACUCCUGAGGAGGCCCCCAAAGCGAAUGGAGAAGCUGCUGCUGCUGCUGCCCCCGAGGGAGACAAGAAGGAGUCUGAUGCCACCACAGAGAAGGCUGAGAAGCACAAACUGGAGGAUGAGGUCAGCGGCACUCCUGAAAAGAAGGCAAAGGUAGAGGAGAGCAAGAAAGAGGAAGAGGCUGCUAAGGAAGCGCCCACAGAGGAGGCUGCGGCAUGAGAUGCCAAUCUUCGAGCAGCCAGCCGCCACAUCCACCAAGCGCGCAAAGACACAAGGACGGAAAGAGGAAAAGCUCCCUCUCCUUCAUCCCACCACCAUCCCUGUUCUCCACCACCACCACAUGUACGUGGGGACCAAGCAGUUCCCGAGACUACUAUUACCGCUGCCACCAACACCACUAUUCCUGCUUUAACUUAUGUUGGGACUGAUGUACAGACAUCCCCCUGCAUUGUGUAUUCUCCCCACCCAGUGGUAUCUUUCCCAUCCCCCUUUUUUUUUUCUGCUGUUUCUUCUCUGCGCCCUUUAUCCUUGUGCUGUCAAAAUUUGUUUUUGGAUAAGUUCACUUUCUUUUUUCUUUUUUUUUUUUUUUUUCGACAUACACACCACACAUACUGUCAUUUGUUGUGAAGAACUUAAUAUAGUUGGUUGUACAGUUUGUCAGGUUCCAAGAAUAAAUUUUUCUUCUCAUCGUCACAAAUUUUUGCCUGUGCUGCUUUUGGUGCGUGAAUGUACAAUGUGUGACUGGAGUGUGUUCGGUGGAAGUGAAAUCUUGUGCAGCGGUUGGAAUUAGGCUGUAUAUACCUUCUCUCUGGGAAAUGUUCUCUGCUGUAAAUUUUGCAGUUGUGCGAUUGUAAAGGCACUGGUUUGAGUUGACCUAUCAGAUGACGUGUAAUUUUUGUGUGGCUGUCAUUAGAUAAACCCAUGCUUAAGUUGUGUGCAGUGGUCAUUGUGCUUCGUCAUAUGCAUGCAUAGCAUGCGUCACUUGACAUUGUAAAGCCUGAAGUGCAAGCAUGUAGACAUUUACCUACACCACUUGUCAUUUGUUAGCUGAAGUGUUUUACUGAACCUUGUGAUUAGUCUAAUGUUAGGAAUAAUUUCACUUAUUCAACACUUAGUUGCUAAAGUUCAACAUAAUUUCAAAAUGGCAGUGGUAAUUCUUUUGAAUGCCGUUUGGCAUUGGAAUGGUUGUGAAGUUAAAUGUGUUCCAUUAUGAUGCAGAAAUGGGUGUUAUAUACAUUUGUACUCUGGUGGUUUGGGGAAGGUGUACUACGAUCUGUUUGAACCUUGAGAUCAGAACACUGCCAUAUCUUAAAUGUGACAAAAUGCACUUGCACUCCCGUGUGCUUUAGAAACAAUGCUGCCAAAGAAUCGGUUCCACUUUAAUUUAGGUCACUAGAAGUAUCAUUGCCACUCUUGUAAUAUUGGUCUGUCUUAAAAAUAUAAAAUGUCGUUAAGUAGCUUCAGUAUUCCAUGCAACACAUCUCAAUUUGCAAUCUGGUACCUUUUGCAUAUGACGAGUACUAAAAAUAUAGUGCAUAU